AUGGAGGUGGAGGUAGAUGGAGGUGGAGGUCAGAACAUCCACAGGCCUCUCCUAAGCCAUAGCUUUGGCUCUGGGGUAGGGGAAUGGGAGCUGGGUCCUAGCGUGGGAGGACACUUGUCAUCUUCUUCUUUCCCCCAGUACCACUCAGAGACCAUCAAGAAUGUGCGCACAGCCACGGAAAGCUUUGCUUCAGACCCCAUUCUCUACCGGCCAGUUGCUGUGGCUCUGGACACUAAAGGACCUGAGAUCCGAACUGGGCUCAUCAAGGGCAGCGGCACUGCGGAGGUGGAGCUCAAGAAGGGAGCCACUCUCAAGAUCACUCUGGAUAACGCCUACAUGGACAAGUGUGAUGAGAACAUCCUGUGGCUGGACUACAAGAACAUCUGCAAGGUGGUGGAAGUUGGCAGCAAGAUCUACGUGGAUGAUGGGCUUAUUUCUCUGCAGGUGAAGGAGAAAGGUGCUGACUUCCUGGUGACGGAGGUGGAAAAUGGUGGCUCCUUGGGCAGCAAGAAGGGUGUGAACCUUCCUGGGGCUGCUGUGGACCUGCCUGCCGUGUCAGAAAAGGACAUCCAGGAUCUGAAGUUUGGGGUUGAGCAGGAUGUGGACAUGGUGUUUGCGUCUUUCAUCCGCAAGGCGGCUGAUGUCCAUGAAGUUAGGAAGGUUCUGGGAGAGAAGGGAAAGAACAUCAAGAUAAUCAGCAAAAUUGAGAAUCAUGAGGGUGUUCGGAGGUUUGAUGAGAUCCUGGAGGCCAGCGAUGGGAUCAUGGUGGCUCGUGGUGAUCUAGGUAUUGAGAUUCCUGCAGAGAAGGUCUUCCUUGCUCAGAAGAUGAUGAUUGGGCGGUGCAACCGAGCUGGGAAGCCUGUCAUCUGUGCCACACAGAUGCUGGAGAGCAUGAUCAAGAAGCCCCGCCCCACCCGGGCCGAGGGGAGCGACGUGGCCAAUGCAGUGUUGGAUGGAGCUGACUGCAUUAUGCUGUCUGGAGAGACAGCCAAAGGAGACUACCCUCUGGAGGCUGUUCGCAUGCAGCACCUGAUUGCCCGUGAGGCAGAGGCCGCCAUCUACCACUUGCAAUUAUUUGAGGAGCUCCGCCGCCUGGCGCCCAUUACCAGCGACCCCACAGAAGCCGCCGCCGUGGGCGCCGUGGAGGCCUCCUUCAAGUGCUGCAGUGGGGCCAUAAUCGUCCUCACCAAGUCUGGCAGGUCUGCUCACCAGGUAGCCAGAUACCGCCCACGUGCCCCCAUUAUUGCUGUGACACGGAAUCACCAGACAGCGCGCCAGGCCCACUUGUACCGUGGCAUCUUUCCUGUGCUGUGUAAGGACCCGGUUCAGGAGGCCUGGGCUGAAGAUGUGGACCUCCGGGUGAAUUUGGCCAUGAAUGUUGGCAAGGCCCGAGGAUUCUUCAAGAAGGGAGAUGUGGUCAUUGUGCUGACCGGGUGGCGCCCUGGCUCUGGUUUCACCAACACCAUGCGUGUAGUGCCUGUGCCGUGAUGCACCCUGGAGCCCCUCUUCCAGCCCCUGUCCUAUCCCCUCCCCCAACCCAUCCAUUAGGCCAGCAAUGCUUGUAGUGCUCACUCUGGGCUGUAGCGUGGCACUGGUGGGCUGGGACACCAGGGAACAAGACGAAUGCCUCUGUAAACAUGGCUGUUUUUAGACCCUCAGGGCGGGUAGCCCAGAGGCUGGCUGCUCAUCAUGUGGCCCCACCCAAGCAAGGGACGAAGAGGAAUGAGACCUCCCAAGCUUAUUGUAAGAGGGCAACAGCUCCCCCUCCUUUGUGUACUCUAUUCAGAUCCUGUAGAAAAUGGAACUCCCAACUCUGGCCUGGGGUCAGGAGUCAGCCAGCACGAUCAGGGGCCCUGGCCCUUCCUUGCUUCCCCACCCCCUCACCUGUUGUACUCCCACCUUGUUGUGCACUGUGCUCUUCUGUAUUUGCACUCCACUCAGCUGCAGACAAACACUCCACUCUCCACCUUCCAUUUUCCCCACUACUGCAGCCGCCUCCAGGCCUGUUGCUAUAGAGCCUACCUGUAUGUCAAUAAAUAACAGCUGGAACACC